GGCCCCUUCCUAGUAAAGGCCUGGACGGCAGGGACCUCUGCUGGGCUGGGGACUUUCAGUACUAAUACCCAGAACAUCUGGGACAGGCUGGUCACUCYGGGCAGGCCCAGGCAGGGGGAUUUGGGCUGUCCCACAGUGCCACAUCUAAUCUCCACAGAGCAGGUCUUUGAUGUCACCUGGAUCCGAGUGGCUUUCCUCGCUCCCACCGUGGAGGCAGGGAGGUUGCAUCUCUGUAUUGUCCCCGAGUCUGCAGUCUGUUUCCUCCAUUCCUCUGCCUGCAGCCCUGAAGAGGGUCCCCCUCCUGGAAGCCAGCAUCGGGGACCCUCCACACGGCGUCCCACCAGAGCCUCACUACGGCUCUUGGAGCCCAUUUUACAGGUACCAUGCCCCUGCACCUGCUCCUGCUGCUGACCCUGCUGGGCCCUGGCAGUGCCCUCCAGCUGUGGGAGAUCACCCACAGAGCAGCUCCAGCCCCCCAGCCUGCCCGGGUACGGAGACAGGUGGCCCUGGAGGACGACUACAUUGACCAAGACUAUGGCACAGAGGGCACAGACCCUCCGGAAACACUGGACAAUCACACGGGGACCGCGGCGGCAGGCCCCAAGGUUCUGACCACAAAGGGCACAUUGGAGCCGAGCGCUUCUGCGGGGCCYGGAACCCCCGGGCCAGCCACGGCGGAGGCUGCCACGGGGCACUCUGCUGGCCUGGCUGCAGGGGGGACAGCCACGGAGGGGCCGAGCACAGAAGUGGCCACGCCAUGGGUGUCAGUCACAGGGCCGCUGGCCACAGAGCUGACCUCUGCGAUUGCUGCAUCUACAGAAGGGCCUCUACCCGUGGAGACAACAGCCACGGAGGGCCUGUCCACAGGGCCAGCAGCCACAGAGGCUGACACCACUCCGUCCGUGGCCACCAAGGCAGAGACCAUUGCUCCAGUGGCCACCGAGGCAGAGACCACCCAGCCUGCGACCACUGAAGCAGAGACCRCUCCGCCAGUGUCCACGGAGGCAGCGAUCCCUCYKCCAGGGGCCACCGAGGCAGAGACYKCUCCGCCAGKGGCCACCAAGGCAGCGAUCCCUCCRMCAGGGGCCACMGAGGCAGRGACCGCUCCGCCUUCGGCCACUGAGGCUCGGACCGCGCAGCCUGUGGUCACGGCAGUUGUGUCCACCGAGAAAUCCAUGGUGAAGUCCCUGUCCAGGGACACCACCGCCACCACGGCCUCUCGUGUGACUUUCGAGGGUGUCAUGGUGACAACCAGCCACUUGCACAGUCGCGAGGUCGUCUUCCCCGGAGGCUCCGUGGACCCCAGCUCCACGGGCGCSUCGGACCUGAUCCCCGUGAAGCAGUGCCUGCUGGCCAUCCUGGUCCUGGCCCUGGUGGCCACCGUCUUCUUCGUGUGCACCGUGGUGCUGGCCGUCCGCCUCUCCCGCCAGACCCACACGUACCCCGUGCGCAGCUACUCGCCCACCGAGAUGGUCUGCAUCUCGGCCCUGCUGCCCGAGGGGGGCGAGGGCGCCGCGGCCACGGCCAACGGGGGCCUGCCCAAGAGCCAGGGCCUGAAGGCAGACACCCGGGAGGACUGCAACGGGGAUGACCUCACUCUGCACAGCUUCCUCCCCUAGCUCGAGGCCCUGGCCCGGCCACAGCUCUGGGCUUCCCGGGAGACCCUUGGGACUGGGGGUCUUUAGGGAAGGAACUCUGGCUGCCCCAGACAGGGCCCCAAACAGCCAAGGUCCUGGGGCCGCACAGGACUGGCCAGCCAACCAGGCGGCCACWUUGCCUGAGAGAUCCUGGCCCCUCCUGGUCCCCCAUCUGUCCCAAGGYCCCUUUUAUGCUUCCAUUCUUCCUUCCUCCAGCCCACCUGGGUCUCCUCCCCAUGUCCCCAAGGAAGACUGAGUGCCUGUGCCCCACUCCAUCACUAUAUUCUUUUUGUUUAGGGUACCUCGGAUUGAACUUGGGGCACUCGCCCACCGAGCCCCA